AAAAGUUAUUUGCUUGACACCAAAAAAUUUCUUGUUCAGCCUUGUUUGCGAUGAUUUAUCGGUUAGCAGUUGUUUGGAAAUGGAAUCAAGGCAAAGAUUACCGCUACAACCCAGUUUGAUAGCGUCAUACUUUAAUGUUUGAACAUGAAUGCUUUCAAGGCUUUUAAAACCAAUGUUCCAAUUGCAUGGAGCCCUAAUCUGUAUAUAACUCUGGUGAGGGGAAUCCCAGGAACCAGGAGGCUUCACAGGCGUACUUUAGAGGCAUUACGUCUUCGUAAAUGCAACCGAACUGUCAUGCGAUGGAACACUCCUACCGUUAGGGGAAUGAUCCAGCAGGUCAAGAGAUUGGUUGUGGUUGAGACAGAAGAGAUGUAUAAGGCCCGCAAACAAAAGGAUGUUGACCACCGAGCUCCUCGUCCCCCAUUGAUUAUAAAUCACCUCCCUGCUUCUGCAAAUGGUUCUUCUUCAUAGCCUAUGUAAUUGAUUAGAGGUCAGCUCUCGGUUUCUUAGACGUGGGUCUCCUGAGUGAGGAGACAAAUUUCUCUAGUAGUGUAUUUUGUUAUAAGCUACCAAAUCUGGAUCCAGUUGUUUAUCAACUUUUAUCUUUGGUCUUUUGUCUGAAAUUUUGCACUGGUUCUGAACUAGGUGGAGAACAUUGAAAUGAGUAAUGUUGCAAUUAAAUAGGCCUUUUAUUUGCAUAUGCA